AUGCCCCCCAAGUCUCUUUCCAACCUCUCCCAGACAGCGGGAGCGAAUCAGAGCAGCUUCAUCCCCGGGGUGUCCGAAGGGGAUUUCCUGCAGGUCCCGGACCGGACCACCGCUGAACUGGUGCUCCGCUGUGUGAUCCCGUCCCUCUACCUGCUCAUCAUCUCGGUGGGCUUGCUGGGCAACAUCGUGCUGGUGAAGAUCUUCAUCACCAACAGCGCCAUGAGGAGCGUCCCCAACAUCUUCAUCUCUAACCUGGCCGCCGGGGACGUGCUGCUGCUGCUCACCUGCGUCCCGGUGGACGCGUCCCGCUACUUCUUCGACGAGUGGAUGUUCGGCAAGGUGGGCUGCAAGCUGAUUCCGGUCAUCCAGCUCACCUCCGUGGGGGUGUCCGUGUUCACGCUCACCGCCCUCAGCGCCGACAGGUACAGAGCCAUUGUAAACCCCAUGGACAUCCAGACAUCAGGGGCAGUGCUGUGGACCUGUGUGAAGGCUGUGGCCAUCUGGGUCAUCUCCGUGCUGUUGGCGGUUCCUGAAGCUGUGUUUUCUGAAGUGGCACACAUUGGUAGCUUGGAAAAUGGCAGCUUCACAGCGUGUAUACCCUACCCUCAGACGGAUGAAUUACAUCCAAAGAUUCAUUCAGUGCUCAUCUUCUUGGUCUAUUUCCUCAUACCACUUACUAUUAUUAGCAUUUACUAUUAUCAUAUUGCAAAGACUUUAAUCAAAAGUGCACAUAAUCUUCCUGGAGAAUACAACGAACAUACCAAAAAACAGAUGGAAACACGGAAACGCCUGGCUAAAAUUGUGCUGGUCUUUGUGGGCUGCUUUGUCUUCUGUUGGUUUCCAAAUCACGUCCUCUACAUGUAUAGGUCUUUCAACUAUAAUGAGAUUGACCCAUCUCUAGGCCACAUGAUUGUCACUUUAGUUGCCCGGGUCCUGAGCUUUUGCAAUUCUUGUGUCAAUCCAUUUGCUCUUUAUCUGCUCAGUGAAAGCUUCAGGAGGCAUUUCAAUAGCCAGCUCUGUUGCGGGAGGACAUCCUAUCUAGAGAGAUCAACCAGCUAUGUGCUCAGCUCUUCUGCUGUGCGUAUGACAUCUCUGAAAAGCAACGUUAAGAAUGUGGUGACCAAUUCUGUUUCACUAAAUGGACACAGCAUGAAGCAGGAAAUGGCACUGUGA